AGAACAUCCCCCAAGAUGACAGACGAGAACAAUAGUACCAGGGAAUGCGUGUCCUUCCGUGUGCUAAACUGGGAUCAGGUUAGCCGGCUGCAUGAGGUCCUGACUGAGGUGGUCCCAAUCCAUGGACGAGGCAACUUUCCAACCUUGGAGAUAACUCUGAAGGACAUUGUUCAGACUGUUCGCAGCCGGCUGGAAGAGGCAGGCAUCAAAGUGCAGGACGUCCGACUGAAUGGCUCUGCAGCUGGCCACGUCUUGGUCAAAGACAACGGCUUGGGUUGUAAAGACCUGGACCUCAUCUUCCACGUGGCUCUUCCAACAGAGGCAGAAUUUCAACUGGUCAGAGAUGUGGUUCUGUGUUCCCUUCUGAACUUUCUGCCAGAGGGGGUGAGCAAGCUCAAAAUCAGUCCAGUCACUCUUAAGGAGGCUUAUGUCCAGAAGCUGGUGAAGGUCAGCACAGACACUGACCGCUGGAGCCUGAUCUCCCUCUCCAACAACAAUGGGAGGAAUGUGGAAUUGAAAUUUGUCGACUCCAUCCGGCGUCAGUUUGAGUUUAGUGUGGACUCUUUUCAAAUCAUCCUGGAUUCUUUGCUUUUUUUCUAUGAUGACUCCAGUAACACCAUUUCUGAGCAUUUCCACCCCACAGUGAUUGGAGAAAGCAUGUAUGGGGACUUUGAGGAAGCCUUUGAUCACCUGCAGAACAGACUGAUUGCCACCAAGAACCCUGAAGAAAUUAGGGGCGGGGGACUUCUCAAGUACAGCAACCUCCUCGUGCGGGACUUCAGGCCCACAGACCAGGAAGAAAUCAAAACUCUAGAGCGUUACAUGUGCUCCAGAUUUUUCAUCGAUUUCCCGGACAUCCUCGAACAGCAAAGGAAGCUGGAGACCUACCUUCAGAACCACUUUGCUGAAGAAGAAAGGAGCAAGUACGACUACCUCAUGAUCCUCCGCAGGGUGGUGAACGAGAGCACCGUGUGUCUCAUGGGGCACGAACGAAGGCAGACCCUGAACCUCAUCUCCCUCCUGGCCCUGCGUGUGCUGGCAGAACAAAACAUCAUCCCCAACGCCACCAAUGUCACCUGUUACUACCAGCCAGCUCCUUAUGUGAGUGACGGCAACUUCAGCAACUACUAUGUUGCCCAUCCUCCGGUUACCUACAGCCAGCCUUACCCAACCUGGCUGCCCUGUAACUAA